AUGACCGAGAUGACCAAGAAAAAAUAUGAUGAUAUUGUAGAUCCAGGUCGCCUGCAGCAUGGAGAAAUGCAACCCGCUGAUGCUGUGACAUGGCUUGGAGCCGUUGCGGUCAUGACGAAGACCCAGAUCGGUCUCGGGGUUCUGUCCAUCCCAGCCAGCUUGGAUACGCUUGGUAUGAUACCAGGCGUCAUUGUCCUCGUUGUCAUGGCCGUGAUCACCACUUGGUCAAACUACAUGAUUGGAGUCUUCAAGCUCCGACAUCCCUCUGUCUACAAUAUUGAUGAUGUCGGGCAAAUGUUGUUCGGGCGUCCUGGCAGAAUUAUCCUCGGGUCUGUUGACCAUUUCAAUCGCCUUGAAUGCUAUGUCUCUUCACGGAGCAUUAUCCGGACCCUUUCUCGCAUCAGUUGGCUUGCAUGGGUUGGAGUCAUGUUCAUCAUUACAUCCAUUAUUGUCCUGACCAUCUCUGUGGGCCUCCAAGGCCGACCCUCUACCGUUUCCCAGACUCAGCCCUGGGAAUCCGACUUCCAACUCACCAGCAAUUCUCCGAGCUUUCCCGAGGCCAUCUCCGCGGUGGCCGCUAUUUUAAAUGCCUACGCCGGCACCCCGGGUUUCUUCGCCAUUGUAUCUGAGAUGCGCAAUCCUCAUCACUAUACUCGAUCGCUGCUGAUCUGUCAGUCGGGCGUCACGGUCCUGUAUCUCGCCGUCGGCAUCACGGUUUACUAUUACUGCGGCUCGUAUGUCGCUUCGCCGGCUCUUGGGUCGGCUGGGUUACUGAUGAAGAGGGUUUGCUAUGGCUUUGCUCUGCCGGGACUUGUGGUUAGCACGUUUCUAUUCGUCCAUGUAAGACAUUGCAUUCUCUCCUACCUACCUAUUACCUAUCUACCCCGUGUCUGGAACUGUUAA